GUGUGGUAAGUUGGCUUGUUAUGCUAGCCAAGCUAUAAAGUGGCCCACCACACAGAGGAGUGCCAGAAGGGGAAGAGGAAAUUUUUCGCCAUCGCCGGGUUUCCCUCCAUAAUAGGAGCAGUGGACGGAACACAUAUCCGUAUACAGGCACCACCCACUGACGAGCCAUCCUAUGUAAACAGGAAGGGCUACCACAGCAUCAAUGUGCAGGGUGUUUGUGAUGCUGACGGUUUGUCAGCAUAUGGAAGCACACCAGAAUUUGGAAAAUGUGCUAUUGGGUGAUUCUGGCUACCCGUGCCAACCAUUCCUGUUGACGCCAUAUUUGAAUCCAAAUUGUCCUGCACAAAGACACUAUAAUUAUGCACAUGGCAGGACCAGAAGUGUCAUCGCUUCCACAUCCUUCACUCUGAGAUACGCAUGCAGCCAGAACGAGUCGUCACCCUUAUCAUGGCAUGUGCAGUGCUUCACAACAUUGCCAUGUCCAUGAGGGAGCCACUGAUGGG